AUGCAGUUCCAGCUCGUCGCCGCCCUGGCCGCCACACUGGCCGUAGCCGCCCCCUCGGAGGCCCCCAACGGCCCCAGGAUCGUCAAGAUUGAUGAGAGCUUCCCGCACGGCAUCGGCGGUGCCCUCGACAAGGUCGCCCAACCGGGCACCGCCGCCCCCGCCGGCACCAUGCACACCAGCUCGUACCGUGUCCGGAUCACCUACAUCAACCGAGACAACACGUCCAUCAUCGUCGGCCACUCGCUGGACCCGAGUUCCCCCAACGCCAACGCCUACGGCGACUUCCACCUUGGCGUCGGCCAGGACCGCACGCUCGAGUACUUCAACGGCUUCCGCGGCAUGGCUCACAUCAACCUGGAUAGCCCUGGAUACCGUCUGACCAAGGCCGACGAGUCUGGUGUUGAAGUCUCCUACGUCAACUCUCCAGGGGUUGGCCUGGCUGGUGACGUUGACGUUAGCUACGUUGACGGUUUCUCCCGCUCCAUUAGCUGCAAGUGCGUUGACAACAACCGCACUGUCGGCUGCUCCAAGGAGCUCUGGGCCCUCCACCACUGCCCUAAUGACAACGGUGUUGGUUCUUGCAGAAACCCCAGGCGCACCGACGACCACGCCACCUCGCCCACCGAGUUCUUCGCCCCUUGCACUUACCAUGGCGGUGCCUUCACAUACCCCCGUGCCGAUGCCAACACUCUCUACAACGGCUGCCCCUCUGAGCGCUACGUCUGCUGCAUUGGUCACGGCGAUGAGUGCAUGCGCUACAACAACGACCCCCGCAAGUAA